AUGAGAUUAAUAUUUGUUGAUAAUUGGAAUUUAAUUGGACCUGAACUUGAAAAACAUGGUAGUCCAACAAUAUCACGAUGGUUUUUAGUAAUUAUAGUUUUUAUUGGUAAUCGUAUUGUUACUAAUGUACUUGUUGGAAUAAUGAUUGAAAGUGUAUCAUCUGUAAAUGAUGAUUAUAUGAAAGAAAAACGCGAAAAAAAAAUUUUACGUAAUCAACAAAAACGUGAAGAGUUAAACAGACGUACAAUCCAAGUAUUGAAUACACGUUUUUCAGAUACAACUAAUAAAAUAAAUACAACAGAGAAUACAAUAGAACAAAUUAAAGCAAAAGUAAAAUUAAUUCAUAAUGAAAUCAUUAGACCAAAAGAUUUUAUAUUUUCUGUUGAUUGGUUAGAAAAAUUAAUUGCAUGCAGUGAAAAAUCUCAUAUUGAAGCUAAAUCAGUUCGUCAUCUAUUCAUUCAUAUUAUUCAAUCAUUAUCUGAUAUUAUUGAUGAAAAUGAUAGUUCAAUAAAACAACAUCAUAUUUAA